AUGGAUGGGGUGGCUGGAGGUGUGGGUACCCCCGGUAGCGCCGGGGGGUCUGGGGGUGACAGCCUCCCCAGGCGUAACGGAGGGGACGCGAAGCGACGCAGCAAGGGCAGCCUGCCCUCCCCGGGCUACAGGCUGUCCCAGGCCUCACUGGAGGGGGAGAGGGGCUCGUUUGGAGCGGACAGCACCUCCUCAGGUGGACGCGGCCGUCGCCCCUCCAUCAUGAGCUCCUCCACCAGAGACGGCCUUCCCUUCCGCGCAGCCGGCACCCCAACCACCCCGGUGCCCCUGCCGCCCCCGCCCUCCUCCUCCUCUGCCACAGCCCAUCCUCCUCCUCCGCGCUCAGUGGGCUUUGCCGCGACCCGCGCCGCCCUGCCCUCCACCUCCUCCACCGGGACCGGAGUGAUGGUGGUGGCAACCGGCCCAGAGACCACCACCACCACGGCGUGCAACACCACUGCAGCAGGGACCCCCGAGCUGAUGGGUCCAUCUGGACUGGGUGGGUUCGGCAUGGGGCUGGACGGGGAGGACUACAGCACCUCCAACCAGAGCACCUUCAUCCAGAGACAGUUUGGGGCCAUGCUUCAGCCCGGGGUCAACAAGUUCAGCCUGCGCAUGUUUGGGUCCCACAAAGCUGUGGCGAUGGAGCAGGAGAGACUGAAAUCAGCGGGGUCGUGGAUCAUUCACCCGUACAGUGACUUCAGAUUCUACUGGGACCUGUUGAUGUUAAUGCUGAUGAUGGGGAACUUAAUCAUCCUGCCAGUGGGCAUCACUUUCUUUAGAGACGAGAACACUCCCUCGUGGAUCAUCUUCAACGUGGUCUCUGACACUCUCUUCAUGGUCGACUUGGUUCUCAACUUCAGGACUGGCAUCAUAAAGGAAGACAACACUGAGAUACUGCUGGACCCCAGGGCGAUCCGCCAGAAGUACCUGAAGAGCUGGUUCCUUGUGGACUUUGUGUCAUCCAUCCCGGUAGACUAUAUCUUCCUGAUGGUGGACAGUCUGGACUCUGAGGUCUACAGGACAGCCAGGGCGCUGCGCAUCGUCCGUUUCACCAAAAUCCUGAGCCUGCUUCGACUGCUUCGCCUGUCCAGACUCAUCCGCUACAUCCAUCAGUGGGAGGAGAUUUUCCAUAUGACCUAUGACCUUGCCAGUGCCAUGGUGAGGAUAGUUAACCUGAUCGGUAUGAUGCUGCUGCUGUGCCACUGGGACGGCUGUCUCCAGUUCCUGGUCCCCAUGCUGCAGGACUUCCCUCCUGACUGCUGGGUUUCCAAGAACCUGAUGGUGAAUGACACAUGGGGCGUGCAGUACUCCUAUGCUCUGUUCAAAGCCAUGAGCCACAUGUUGUGUAUCGGGUACGGUGCCCAGGCUCCAGAAGGGAUGACUGAUGUGUGGCUCACCAUGCUCAGUAUGAUCGUAGGUGCUACCUGCUACGCCAUGUUCAUCGGCCACGCCACCGCUCUCAUCCAGUCACUGGACUCCUCACGACGACAGUACCAGGAAAAGUACAAGCAGGUGGAGCAGUACAUGUCGUUCCAUAAGCUUCCUGCAGAUGUUCGGCAAAAGAUCCACGAGUACUACGAGCACCGCUUCCAGGGGAAAAUGUUUGAUGAGGAGAACAUCCUGGGAGAACUCAGCGAGCCGCUUAAAGAGGAGAUCGUCAGCUUUAACUGCCGCAGCCUGGUGGCUAACAUGCCACUGUUCGCCAAUGCUGAUCCCAACUUUGUGACUGCCGUGCUGACCAAGCUCCGCUUUGAAGUGUUCCAGCCUGCAGACUUCAUCAUCCGUGAGGGCACAGUUGGACGGAAGAUGUACUUCAUCCAGCACGGACGAGUCAGCGUGUUGACCCGUGGCAACAAGGAAACCAAGCUGAGCGAUGGGUCUUACUUUGGAGAGAUCUGUUUGUUGACCCGUGGACGGAGGACAGCCAGUGUGCGUGCAGAUACUUAUUGUCGCCUGUACUCUCUCAGUGUGGACAGCUUUAAUGAGGUGCUGGAGGAACAUCCAAUGAUGCGACGUGCCUUCGAAACUGUCGCAGUUGACCGACUGGACCGUAUCGGCAGGAAGAACUCCAUGCUCCUGCGGAAGUCCUCCCAGGGUGGUUCUCUGGGGGGCAGUAUGGGUCGUGGUGGAGGUCGGGGUGGAGGGGGUCCAGGAGCAGGAGGCCUUGCAGCAGGCAGUCUGGGUUCCUGUGACAGCAUGCUGGUGCAGCAGAUUGUCAAACACGACAGCAUGCCUGCCAUGCAGGACGCCAUUGCGGCCGCUGCUGCAGGAAGAAGCGUCAUGGGAGGAAGUGGCACGGUGUCUCCACGGCCACGCCCGGUCAUCUGGGCGCCGCUGGUCCAUGCCCCCCUGCAGACUGCUGCUGCCACCAGUAAUGUAGCCAUCGCCCUCAUGCACCAGCAGCAGCAACAGCAGCAGCAGCUCCAGCAGUUGCAGCAGCAGCAUGCGCUCGGAGGUGCUUUCUUCCUGCCUUCCCCUCUUAUUUCUCCUUCUCCCUCCUCCUCUUUCCCUCUGUCUCCUCCUCGUCCUCCUGUGUUACAGCCCCUCCGCCCCUCUGUGAGCUCUCUUAUUGGGAUGAUGACAAUGGGAGGGAUGGGAGGGUUAGGAGGAUUAGGAGGGUUAGGAGGGAUGGGUGGGAUGGGUGGGAUGGGUGGCUUGUCCCCAAGAGGAUUUCCGGCCUCUCCUUCAACCAUGGGCCCCCCUGGUGGGUUGACAUCGCCCCCUGUUGCUAAAACUCCACCGACACCAGCCUCCUCUGUCCCGACUUCAGUCCAACAAGGCAGACCUCUUCAUUACAGCCUCCGCCUCCAGGCUGAUCAUCCCACAGUGAUUGCUGGAUCACUAGGAACCCCGACUGGUGCAGGGCCACCAACUCCACCCCUCCACAAGAUACCUGCCACCAACCCCUCUGCUGCUUGUGGUGCCCCCUCCGAUAGCAACACUUCUGUGAUGGGCCAGCAGGGAGCGAAAGAAGCUCUGUUACGUCACGGAGGACCCAGCUCUCAGGGUCUGCCAGCGCUGGGCAGACUCACCCAGGAGGCCAGGCUGCUGUCGGCCUCACAGCCCACUCUGCCUCACCGCUCCUGGGCUGGAGUGCAGCCUCACCCUCCUCUCCACAGGAAGGCCUCUGGUGGUAAUUUGCUGGCGGCUCCUUUCCUUGCAGGGCAGUUAGCCAGGGGAAGCAGUGCGGGCAUGCUGACCUCAAACGUUCCAGUACAGCUGCUGACAAACAUACCGUUUAACGCACAAACACAAGCACAGGCCGCAGUUCCUAUUCAGCCGGCGUUAGCACAGAAUCUGCCCACACAAUCUGCCCCUCAUGCUGCCUCCAUGCCCGCACCUACAGCUGCACACAUGCCUUCUGCAGCUUCCUCCUCCCCUCCGAAACAGACCCCGCUUUCCUCUGCUGCCCCUUCACCUGCACCCACUCCCUCAUCUCCUACACCAAUACUCUCUCAGACACCUCGUCCUAAACCAAUCCCAAUGCCACCCUCUCGCUCCUCCUCUCCUCCUCCCUGCUCCACCCCUCCUUCAACAGGAACAAACCCGCUGUCGCUCUCAUCAACUCCUCGUCCCAAACCAAUCCCUACACCCUCUCCCCGCUCUUCCUCUCCCUCUCCCUCCUCCACACCGCCUCCAUCAUCUGUUACUACCCCUGUUCCACUACCUCAAACUUACGGGCCCAAGUCAUCUUUUACCUCCUCUUCCCCCCCAUCCUCUUUGAUCACCUCCAUCCCACCACGACCCCAGAGCCCCCGAGCCAAGGCAUCCAACACACCUCCUUCUGCCUCACCAUUGUCAGGCCCCAGUCCCGCCCCAACCCCAAUCCCUUCUCCAAUACCGACUCCCACACAAACUACCCGCACCCGCACUUCCACCCCCGUUCAGACUCCUACACAAGCCAUGACACCUGUUACUCCUAUCCCUGCACCUUCCCCCUCUCCUAUGCCUGUUACACCUGUCCCUUCACUGAGUAAAUCCCAGAGUCCAACCCCUUGUCUCCAGCCCACUGUCUCCAGCUCGACCCGAGCCCCCCCUUUGAGCCAGAUCCCAAAACAAACCCCAGUCCAAUCUCCAUCUUCUUCCCCAACAACAGCUGGCACUAGCACUCAACGUAAAAUAACUUUCUCAGUUCAUCCUGUGAAGCAAAUCCCGUCCGUCCCAACACCAAGCCCCACUUCAGGCUCCGAUCAUUCCACCAAACCAACCCCACCGACACCCUCAUCCUCUGCAACUUCAUGCUCCAUUAAACCCUCAUCUCUUACAACCACCUCUCCCCCCACCACCACCGCCGCCACCUCUUCUAGUGCCCAAUCUGCCUCUGCUCCCUCCCCUAAACAAAUGCCAACCACCACAGCUGCCCCCACCCACUCCUCAAAACUCAGUACACCCUCAACCCCUGCCCAGACCUCUCAGGCAGCCACCACUACACCCACCCAGUCAGCACAUGCAGCCACUCCUGCCAACACCACCUCACCUAAAGGUGGGAAAAAAGACCCACAGCUGCCACUCGCCAGAAAAGACUCAGAAGGACUGAGACACAAACUGCCUGCUAACAUGUAAGAAAAAAAAGGAAGAAAAUCUCACAGGAUGUUGAUGUUGUGGCCGGUGCUGAUUAGCAGAGCCAUGGAUAAACAGAGUUGUGUCCGAGUUGGAGCCAGACAUCUAAUGAUGUCAUGUGGACAGGUCCAUCUUGUUUGCAUUCACUCUAGGAUGUGAUUGUCUUAGAACAUCAGGUGUUUGUGUGACUCUCAACCAAGCCAUUGCUCGAGGACUGUCUGGGUGUGUCGGUGCAGGCGAUGGUAGAGUCUGAAAAACCAUCCAAAUGUAUACAUACAUAUCUGUGUUAGUGAUUGUUGGAGCAAGCGGGGGAGCUGAAGUGGAAACAAAACACACGGUGAAAUGGGAUGGAAGCAAUAGCGGAGAAAAAACGAAGUCUCCAUUUUCUUGACAAUGGAAGCAGCAAUACAUGUGAAACCUUUGAGAGGGAAUUACCUUGACAAUAACAAUAAAUGUGAGAAAAUAAUAAUCGUUCUGCUGUUGGGAAGACCGUCUCUUGUGAUGUCCGUUUCAGGCAAUAGAGCAGACACUUCCGGGUUUCCAGCUCCAACUCCCUCUUGCCUCCCAUUCUGCACCAAAGUGUAAUAUUUUCUCAUCAGAAUAAUAAUAACGAUAAGAAUAUAGAGUUUAAAAAUCACUGUAAAGUCGAUGCUCAUAUGAAUUUGAAUAAUUAGGAGCAGUCCACUGGUAGUUUUGUUGUCCCAGGUGUGUGGUGUUUAGUUUUUUGGACAAAAGUUUUAAACCUACAUGUUCACUCUGACGAUUUCUGUAUAUUGUGUUUUGUUUUUUUUCUGUGUGACAGACAAUACUGCUCUGCUGUGCACCGUGGCUCACUUGAUUUUCAUCCCACCCAGCUCCAUGUACUGUAAAUACGUGCCUCUCUGUGGGUCUGUUGUAAGCUUCCUCACUCCUCAGCCUCUCUGUCUUUCAUCUCCUCUCUGUCUCGCCGCCUUUCAUCUGAUUUCACAGCCGCGGUCGCUAACUGCUUCUUUGGCGCUCACAGACUCUCUCCCUUUCUCUCGGUUUGCCCGACACUUUGCUCUGUGCGGCCAUCAGCCUCAUGUUCAAAUGGCUCUCCCUUCCGUCGCCCCAUCACACUGUUUCGGCGCCAUUCCCAGUGAUGUUUGAUGUUUUGUGUGGGUAGCAACGAGACUUUUCUGUCUUAACCCUUGAUACCAUGUUGCCUAGACUAUAUAUUAAAGGACCAAAUGUUUUAUUUUUUAUUUAUCACAGCUUUAGCUUUUGAACAGAGAAAAAAAAGCUAAUUAUGCUGUCACGAUGAGGAUCCUGAGCGUGGUGUUGAAGGUGAUGAUUAUGAUUGUGAUUAUGAUGAU